AUGAAGCACUACGCUUACUUCAACAUGUCUCGCCGCACGCAACUGACUACCAAGUACCUUUUCCAGGUUCUGGCGCAACUGUCAGAAAAUUUUAUCUUCAUUUACCUCGGACUCUCGCUAUUCACGGAUAACACCCUCGUCUUCCAACCUCCGCUCAUCAUCGUGACCGUUUUGGCGGUCUGCGCUGCUCGCUGGGUGGCCGUAUUCCCGCUCUCGAAAGCAAUCAAUUUUGUCAUCCGCCAUAGGGCUAGGCGCCGCGGUGUCGAGGUUGCCGAUGAACUUCCCUACAGCUACCAAGCUAUGCUGUUCUGGGCAGGCCUUCGCGGUGCUGUGGGUGUAGCCUUGGCGGCUCUCCUAGCAGGCGAUGCGAACUCGGCUGCUCUACGCGCCACGGUCCUGCUUGUCGUGGUACUCACGGUCAUCAUCUUUGGCGGCACGACGGCCCGCAUGCUCGAAAUUCUGGGUAUUCGGACCGGUGUAGUCGAGGAGGCGGACAGCGAUGAUGAGUUUGACAUCGAGUCCUUUGGAGGCUACAAGCCGGGUGGUUUCGCCGGAAGGCGUAAUGGUGGGGUUGCGCUAGGUCGCCUAGGGCAUUCUCGUGACCGUGGCCGCAGCAGUCAUUUCUCAUCGGGACAUGCGGUCUCACCCAAUACCAGCACCGGCCCACGGUUGAGUCGGAAGAACUCGGCACGCGGCGAUGAGGCAGAGAGACCUGAUCUUUGGCGGGCAGCAGGAGCCCUACAGAAUCGGACAUUGGAAGCGACAUUGAUACCUCGGACCUCCCGCCAUCGCGAGAACGCAUUCCGCCGUUCCUCGCCCGCGACCGAUUCUCCAGCUGGUGGUGGUGGUGCAGCAGCUAGCGCGAGAAAGGCCUUCCGGCAGCUGCUUUCGGCGGACGACCCGAGCGUGUUCUUCCGGCAGCUAGACGAGGACUUUAUCAAGCCUACGUUGCUUCUUGACGGUGCAGGUGGCCGGGGAGGUAACGGCCAUGGGUCGAGCGGUGGAGAUGGUCACGGAGCUGGUGGGCCGAGCGGGCAAUGA